AUGAUUUUAGUGGGUAAACUGAGUAGUAGUGGAGUUGAGGGAGCACCCGCUCAAAGUGAAAUUGGACAGCAGGAAAAGAAACCGCGCAAGUCACGGUGGAGCACCAAUAAAUCGUUUGUGCCGGGCAUGCCGACAAUACUGCCGUCGAAUUUGAGUGACGAUCAGCGACAAGCUUAUUUGCUUCAACUGGAAGUGGAAGAUGCAACGCGGAAGUUACGUCUUGGCGAUUUUAUGGGCAAUCCGGAUCCAGCUUUAAGGUUUAUCAAUAAACGAGCGCCUUUUUUGCUAGGUGUUACGAGCAGUGAUAGAUUUUCUAGCUUAAAUACACAGUUAUGGUUAUGA